GUGUCACAUCUGAGGGAGGAGGGAGACGUAAACAGGAACUGAGCUCAGACUGAACCAAAAACCCGUCUUGUGGAAAUCAGGAGGUGAAUCUGCUCUUUUAAAUCCAGACUCCACAUGGAGCCAACAAAUCUACAGAAAGCUAUUGCUGUAGCACAGAAAGCCUCACAGGAGGACCAGGAUGGAAACUACGAAGAAGCCAUCAAAUCUUACCAGCAUGCCGUCAAGUUUUUUCUCCACAUUUUGAAACGUGAACCACAAGGUAAAGAUGGCAACCAGAAGAUUAGAGAUAAAUGUAAACAGUAUCUGGACAGAGUGGAAGAACUACAGGAGUACCAAAUAAAAAAAGAGAAAGCCAUUGAUCUCGCCAGUAAGGCGGCUCAGGAGGAUAAAGCUCAGAACUACGAAGAGGCUCUCCGCCUCUAUCAGGCUUCUGUUCAGUACUUUCUUCAUGUGGUAAAAUAUGAAGCACAGGGUGAAAAAGCAAAACAGAGCAUUCGUGCCAAAUGUGCCGAGUACUUGGACAGAGCAGAAAAGCUAAAGGAGUAUUUGAAGAAGAAAGAGAAAGCUCCGCCGGCUAAACCUGUCAAAGAGUCACAAUCUGAUGACAAAGGGAAUGAAAGCGACGAGGGGGACGAUCCAGAGAAAAAGAAGUUUCAAAAUCAACUCUCGGGUGCAAUUGUCAUGGAGAAACCAAAUAUCAAAUGGAAUGAUGUUGCUGGUUUGGAGGGGGCCAAAGAGGCACUGAAAGAAGCUGUUAUUCUUCCUAUCAAAUUCCCCCACCUUUUUACAGGAAAGAGAACUCCAUGGAGAGGGAUUUUGCUUUUUGGACCUCCAGGAACAGGAAAGUCCUACCUGGCUAAAGCUGUUGCAACAGAGGCAAACAACUCAACCUUUUUUUCAAUCUCGUCAUCCGAUCUUGUCUCCAAAUGGCUGGGAGAGAGUGAAAAAUUAGUAAAGAAUCUUUUCACCCUCGCGAGGGAGCAUAAGCCRUCUAUCAUCUUCAUAGAUGAGAUCGACUCCCUGUGUGGCUCGAGAAGCGAGAAUGAAAGUGAAGCUGCCCGUCGUAUUAAAACAGAGUUCCUGGUUCAGAUGCAAGGUGUGGGGAAUGACAACGAGGGAGUUCUAGUCCUUGGGGCAACAAACAUUCCUUGGACUCUUGACUCUGCCAUCAGAAGAAGAUUUGAGAAGAGGAUCUACAUCCCCCUGCCUGAAGAGCACGCCCGCUCCUUCAUGUUCAAGCUCCACCUGGGCUCCACCCCUAACAGCCUCACAGAGUCAGAUUUCAUCACCCUGGGCAAGAAGACAGAGGGGUACUCCGGCGCAGAUAUCAGCAUUAUCGUCAGAGACGCUCUAAUGCAGCCAGUUCGGAAGGUCCAGUCAGCGACCCACUUCAAACGGGUACGAGGCCCAUCAAGAGAUGAUCCCAACCUUGUUAUUGAAGACCUCUUGACUCCGUGCUCACCUGGAGAUCCCAAUGCAGUGGAAAUGACCUGGAUGGAUGUCCCUGGGGAGAAACUAUUGGAACCAGUGGUGUCCAUGGCUGACAUGCUGAGGUCUCAGGCCAACACAAAGCCAACAGUCAACGAACAAGAUUUAGAGAAACUGAAAAAAUUCACAGAAGACUUCGGACAGGAGGGCUAGACUGGUUGAAGACACCAAACCAAAGCAAAGGAAUUGUGAUUGUCUCUUUACUGUUGUCUUUUUUAUUUUCUGUUUCAUCCUAACUAUUCACUAAGCCUUCUUGGGUUAUCUAAAUGGACCUUUCUGUUCUUUCAGUUUGAUAACCACAAAAAGGGUGGACCUCCGGGCUUUACUUUGUAUUCACUAUUGUYCAAAGAUUGGAAAACUUGCUCUGUACAACGGUCUUGUUUAAAACAAAUCAACCCCACAUUCAAACGUUACACUAGACAAUAAUAAUUUAUAAACUGAAUAGUCUGAGUUAAAGGAAAUCACACACUCAGUUUAUUUUAACUACUUAAGGUUGCAACUCGUCCUUGUGUUUUUGCUUUCCAGAGUAUAUCAAACUGGAGUAAUAAACAUUCUUUACAUAUUAUCUAUUUUUUUGUGAAAAUAAAACAAGCAUUUUAUAGCCUAUACAUGUACUUAACAAAAUGUAUAAACUAUAAAUGUAUAAACCAAUAUCGUUGAGUCAAAAUGUCCUCUUAAAGUGAUAGAAAUUUUAGUUCUCUGGGAUGCUUGGAUACAAAAGCCUUGUUGCAGAUUUCAGAUGAAUAUUCCAUUUCUAAACAAACUAAUCAUCCAAGCUAAAAUGACUCUUAAAGGAUCGCCUGUUGGCAAACCAGCAUUACCUUACCAUUUCUCAAGGAUUUGAUAGCUUUCAAUUAUUUUUGCUGUUUUAGUUUUCUGCCAACAUUUUACUGUACAUAUUCAUUCGUACCUAGAAGCUUUGCUUGGUUAACUUAAAAAAAAAACAACCUAAGCCGUACCUUGAUAAAGUGUGAUAUUUGCUUUCAUAAGGGGUGAAAGUGAUAAUUGCUCAGAUGGAUAGAUCAUCUUCUAUACUUACGUGCAUUUUCACGGUUGAACUUAUAGUAGCCUUAAGUGGCAGUGUGCACCAGUGUGCCUUCUAGAAAAGCUGCAAGAAUUUUUAUUUUAUUGGUUUAUUCCUAAAUUUGUCAUACUUCUAAUAUAUAUCAAGUGCUUUGUCACUACAAUUAUUAAAUGUACAGUACUUGUACAUUCAUGUAAGUUCUUUUAGAGAUUGUAUACAACUGUAUUCUGUUGCUCUUGAGAAGGGCAAACUGUCUUGUAAUGUCUUUUUUUUUUAAGGGGAAUGUUUCAUUUUACAACAUAAGUCUAUACUUUUAUAUAACAGACUCUUGAGCCUGUUCCUUUGAGAAGAGGUAACCCAUGGAUUUGAUCUUCUGUUCUUCAUUACUUCAGUGUAAAUAAAAGGUAAAACUACAGUA